GAUCACAGCAACAAAGCGGCUUUAAACGAUUGAGUAUUGACAAUUCAGUAUUUCGGGUGUGUCCACAGAAAGUUAAAAAAUUGAGCUUUAAUAAACAAAAUGUUUAUUUAAAAAAUAUGAAAAUGUGGGCACUGCAUAUAAUUGUAUCGUCACUAUUCAUUGCAACCGUAAGAAGUAGUUAUUAUGGUAGCGAAAGUAUUUCAAAUGGUAUACACAGAGAUGAAAAAGUUGAGGGCAGGGACAUUGUCACUUGGUGUACAACAUCUAUACCCGAACAAAUGAAAUGCGAGAAACUAGCGAACGCGGUGUUGCAGGACAAGGGUUUGUUUGGGAAAGAUUUCAUUGAAAUAAAAUGCAAAAGGGCAUUUGAUGCAGAGGAAUGUAUGACAUGGGUGGAUCAGGGUGAUGCUUCUCUUCUCGCAUUAGACGCAGGUGAAGUGUAUGUAGCUGGAAGAUAUCAUUCACUUGUGCCACUAUUACAAGAGCUCUAUGGUGCUGGUGAACCUUAUCAAUAUGCAGUUGCAGUGGUAAAGAAGGGUGCUUUACCACAUGUCCAACCUGGUAGUGGACUCUCUGGUCUCCGAGGGGCCAGAGCUUGCUUCCCUGGUGUUGGUUCGUUGGCUGGUUGGGUGAUGCCCAUACAUGUGCUUAUAAGAGAAGGUGGUUUAAAAAUAACAGAUUGCAAUAAUCACGUGAAAUCUGCCGUUGAAUUCUUCGGCGAAUCUUGUGCUCCUAAUUCACUUAAAGAUAUGUAUAACCCUAUUGGAGAUAAUCCUGACCAGCUUUGCAAGCUGUGCAUAGGAGGUGCAGGAGUUCGUUGCACAUUAGCCGAUCCAUACGCAGGGUACGAAGGAGCACUCAAAUGCUUAGUCAGUAACGGCGCCGGAGAGAUUGCUUUUGUCCGAGACACCACCAUACAACACGCUUUGCUGUCGCACAAGAUAUUGGGCGGUGUAACAGAAUCAGACUUCGAAUUAAUAUGUCGCGAUGGAUCUCGCGCAGCGGUCACUAGCUGGGAGACGUGUAAUUGGGGCCGGGUGCCGGCUGAUGCUGUGCUUACAUCUAGUGUUGCCAGCUCUGCACAGAGGACUAAGUACCAAAACUUAAUAAUGAAGAUUGUUGAACUGUACGGUGAACCGAAUACAAUGAACAAAAUGUCGAAUAGAUCUGAUGCGUACCAACAAGACGCGUAUGGAAAUUGGCUUUCGUCGACAACGGAACAAGCGCGGUAUUUCGAUCAGAUGAGGCGAAAUCAAUUUAAUAGACAAUCUGAUGAGGACAGUACAAUAUCACCAUACAAGCCCAGAGUAGACGGACGUGGACAGCCAAUUGAAUUACCAUUUAAACUUUUUCAAUCAGAGGGUACUACAGAUUUAUUAGUGCAGGACGCAACAGUAAGUUUCCGCGUGCUCAAAGAAGAGGAGCAAGCGGCCCAGCACAUACUGAACAACAAGUACGUGGGCGAGCAGGCGGAGAAGGCCGUCGUCGGCAUCCGGGACUGCCCCGUCAAGCGGGCUGUCCUCUGCGUCACCAGCGACCCGGAGAUGGAGAAGUGUGUCAAAAUGAGGGUGGCGCUAAAGGCGGCGUUCCUCUCGCCAGUGCUCGUGUGCUGGAGAGCACACUCGGCGCGGCACUGCGAGCGCGCCAUCGCCGAGGGCACGGCCGACAUGGCGCUGCUGGACGCGGCAGACAUGCUUCACGCGGCGUACCAGCACCGACUGGUGCCGUUCAUGCAAGAGGUCUAUUCAAGCGGCGACAGCUGGUACUACGCGGUCGCGGUGGCCAAGGAGCAGGAUCCGGACACGGAUCUGACGUAUCUCAGAGGCAAGAACACGUGUCACACGGGCAUUGGGAUGGCCGCCGGCUGGAUAUACCCGCUCGCGUAUUUGAUGUCUAAUGGGUGGAUCAGACCGUACGGGUGCGACGGCGCGCACGCGGCGGCGCAGUACUUCGCCAAGUCGUGCGCGCCCGGCUCGCUGAGCACGGAGUACGUGGAUUCGGGUACCGUGCCGCACGACAACUUGUGCCACCUGUGCCACGGUGCGUCGUUCCGGCGGUGCCGGCGCGACGCGAGCGAGCCGUACUACGGGCACGCGGGCGCGCUGCGCUGCAUGGUGGAGGGCGGCGGGCACGCGGCCUUCGUGCGGCACAGCGCGCCGCACGAGGUGUCGGCCGGCCGCCGCCGCGACUGGUGGGCGCGCGACCUGCUGCCCGACGACCUGCAGCUGCUGUGCCCCGACGGCACCCGAGCCAAAGUGCACGAGUACAAGGACUGUAACCUGGGCAAAGUGCCGGGUUCGGUGCUCAUGGGUCGCGCCAAUCACACCGAGUUGGACACCUUCUCGAAUCUCAUGCUGUACGCCCAGCAGUUCUACGGCGCCACGGUUAAUGAUGACUUUAGCUUCAGCAUGUUCUACUCGCAACCGCCAUAUGCCGAUUUAAUCUUCAGCGACGCAGCGGUCCGUCUAAAGCCCCUCCCACACUCGCAACGUUCCGCGGAAAUAAUCGCGGGCAAGUCGCUGCCGCGCGCGGCACGGAUCGUCUCGUGUGACGCGCCACAAGCCUCCUACUAUAUCGCGUCUGACCCCGACUUUUUGUCGCACGCGCAUAGACAACGCGUCUAUGGUUAUGCCGUUGUGUUUGCGUUAUCUGUGCUCGCUUUGGUGAGAUGAUUAUAAACGGGGGAAUAUACUAUAAAGGCUACUUCAGUACAUCAAUAUUGGCUGAAUUAUUUACAAAAAUGUAAUUAAUUUUUUUUUUUCAUACAAUUACAUUUUAAAGAUUUUUCUAUGUAUUAUAGAUACCUUAAAGUAAAGUCUCAAUCUUAAAUUUAAUACUAUACUUGAAAAGCUGGAAUAUUUUGGCCCUCAUUUUACUUUGAAUUGUAUUCAUAUUAUAGCUUUAGAAUUGUAUUGAUGCAAAAAGUGCACAUUUCAUCAGUUUCUGUCCAAAUUAAUGUAUUUUUUUUUUUAGUUUGUAAGAAUAGGAAUAUUUCUUAAAUUAAUGUCCGUCCAAUUAUACCUAAAAGUUGUGUGUUUUUACGCACAUAAUUUUACCUUUUAGAUUGUUUAUGUGUGAAUGAAAUCUAAUAGAUUCAUUUUAUUUUCUAUAUAUUUCUUUAAAUUUAUAAAGUAUAAGGAUGUACUAUUUAUGGUACUUAGAAGAAGUAUCGUACAACAAAUAUUUU